AGUGGCCCUACCUGAUUAAGAUCAAGUCAUCAACCAACAACAGAAGCAAAUGCUGGUGUUGCUGCAUUCUUUGAUCCAAAUUUAGCUCUUAAGUUGUCUGCCUAGUUUUUCAGUUGACUGCUGAGCCAAAAGUACAUUUUCAACAAGUUGACAAGGUCCUGUAAAUCAUAGAACUAACUGGAUUCUUCAUCUGACAUUCCUGCAACCAGCUGAGGGCAUAGGUUGUCUGAAUUAAGAACGGAGAUCAAGGGUCAUCAAAAACAAACACUGGUGCCUCUCUACAUUUUUUGAGGUUUAUACCCUGUCUGGUCUUUAAGGAGUUCAGUCAUUAAUAAUGACACAAUCAAGCCUCUGUUUUGUCUCCUGGAACACAAAUGGUAUUAAAAAAACUUCAAUGUCACCACAAAAGUUCUCAAAAUUGUUGAGCAGCUUUAGAAACCUUCAUGCUGAUGUUGGCUUUAUACAAGAGACACAUGUUGGGACAGAAGAUGACAUCCUGAAAGAUGUUGAAGGCUGGAGAUCCUACUUCACUGUGUACAGCUCAAAAAGCAAAGGAGUCGCAAUGCUGAUAAGAGACAGCGUACCAUUUGAGUACAUUUGUCAUGAUGAGGAUUAUAGUGGAGGUUACAUUGUGCUAUUCUGUAAACUGUAUGGUGAACUAUUCACUCUUGUUAAUGUGUACAAUCACAAGGCAGACAAAAAAGUCUUGGGUAGACUGAAAGAGUAUUUGAUGGAAACAGCUGAGGGUGUGCUAGUGGUUGGAGGAGAUUUCAACACAGUUUUACAUCCCGGCUUUGAUCGGAGUCAUUCAAAAUCUCAAGCAAGCCAUUCACCACUGAGAACUUUUUUAGAAGAUUUUACUGUAUCUCUCAAUCUCAGAGACACCUGGUCAUACAAACACCCUGCUGUAGAUGGCUUUACACGACGUCAGAAUGACAGUCACUCCAGGAUAGACAUGUUUUUCCUGCCAGAGCACAAAGUGGGACUGGUGGAUAAUAUUAAUGUAGCGUAUGAGGAAGCUAAACUACAGGAUAUUUCUGAUCAUUAUCCUCUUGUGCUAGAACUCACAGUUCAGUGCAGAACUGAAACAAACAUCCCAAAGGUUGCCUCAAAGUUGUCUAAGCCUUUUACAUACACACCUGACAGAAGACCAGGGAAGAUUAGUGGGGCAGAAAUAUUGCGUGCCAUUAAGUCUUUGACUGAUUGUGAAGAGUACUCCUCAACUGAUAUGAAAAAUGUGAAAUACUAUAAAAAGCGUCGUUGUCAACUGUCUGAGACCUUAAAGACUGAAUACAAUUCAAUGAUAAAGAACAAAGAUGUAGCAGACACCUACACGUUUGAUGUUAAGUAUAUGAUAUUAUCACAGAUUUUAACAAAGCGUCUCAGUGAGUCCAUUUCCCCUUCUUUCAAGGGAAAGAUUGCGAAAAGUUUUAAUACAUUUUUCACUGUGACAUUUAAGACAGGCCCACAGAAAAUCAAGUGGUCUUUCCUUGAAAGAAAACUUAAGGUGCUACAACCUAAGGUGAAGAAGAAUAAACAGAUCUCUUCUGCCCUCACACCAGAGCUCAGCAUUCUGGAUUACCUGCUCCCUGAAGAAGAAGACUCUUCUGAACUCAGACUGUUGAAGCCUGGGUGUCCACUCACCAAAUUUAUCUUCAGUCUGGCUCUGAAGGAGCUAGAAACCUUAGCUUUAAAUAACUUCUGUAAGGCCACUGUUUGCUAUCACAGACAGGUUCUGCGCAUACAUACAAACUCAAUCACAAACUCAGAUUUUGUGGAAUUUUUUGUGAACCUUUUCAAGGAAAUUUCAGGACUUGAAAUAAGUACGGUAAUACAAGAAAGUAACACUGACUCCAACAUACUGACUCCAACACUGACUUGUACUUAAUCACAUAUUUACUCAUACACAUUACAAAUCUCAAAGCCUCUUCUCUCAUUUAGGCAAUGAUUGUAUGCUGUAUACAAAGUGUACAUUCUUUGUGUUGUGUUUAGGAGAUUGUUCAAAUCCUGCUGAUGUCAAAGGUUUUCCUCUGUUUUAAAUAGUUAGCACUCGAAAGAGACUUAAUGUCUCCUUUUUUGUCCCAAUUUAUUUCUCCAAAGGAAUUUUACGAGAAACUUGAGAAAUGCCUAAAUUAAUGACUAAAUCAACCAUGUGAGAAUCCCUAUUAAGUCUCCUAAGAUGUCAAAGAGAAGUCUUUACCUCAAAACAAAAAUUUCCCUUGGUUAUUGUCUAAUGUGUAUAUGCUGAGAAAAUAUAUUUGAAUUGUUUUGAGAUAAUGUAUUUGUAAUGUUUAACAUCACUUAAAAUCACUUAAUAUGUGUGUGUCCCAUCCUGCAGUUGUAUAGUGAUGUGUAAUCUAUUAGUAAACAUUUAACUUGCAUAUUUACACUAGUUGCAAUUAUGUGUAUUCAUACUUUUAUUUUUUAUUGUUUUGCUGUCUGCCUAUAGGAAUGAUAUUAUUCACCUGAGACUUGUUCCAAUAAGACUUACAUUGACUGUCAAUGACUAUUGUGGAAUAAAAAUUCUACUGUACUCACUACUAAAAUCUGACUCCAGCUCCACACUGACCCGACAGCUCAGUCUAAGUGAGACUCAUAGUUAGUAAGGCCUCAAAACUAAAUAAGCCGAUCAAGCAGACUAGAUGAAUGCAGAUAAGAGAUUUUAUUUUAUAAUCAGCGCUGACACAAGAAUUGAGAUGCUCACGCAUGAACGUCCCAACAACCUCUCUCCGGGGAACUCCAACUACAGCCUUUAUAUACAUUUCCCUUAUCUUCCCUAUGCAACACGUCACUGGUUCUUUGCCUAGACAAUCCCACCCAUCUUUCUUUUUGUAGACCUUUUAGAUUCUUUUUUACACCAUUAUCUUUGAAUUUACAACUUUUCAAACACCAUUAUAAUUAAACUUCCCUAAAUCAUUAUAUUAAAAAUUGGGCGUUUCCGCCCCCACCAGUGGGAUUGUCUUUGGCCUCACUCUCGCCAACACCUCAUUCUUCUUCAGGAGACAGCAUGGGUAAGUCCUCAGUCCUUUAGGGGCCAACACCCUUUCUUUUAUUACACUUCACGGCUUUUCUGAUUUAUCCGCUGUCUUCUACCUAUGUACUCUAGAUAUUUCGCCUGGUACCACCAUUGCCAUCCAGCACGCACUGCGUUUACUUCAUGAUGAGAUCACUGCUGCUCCAGGUACCAGUGGAGCGAAGAUUGACCAUAAUAAUCUAGGGUGCGUCUCUGCCAUUGAUUGGUCCAAGUUUGGAAAGCCUGGUACUGCAGAGAAGGCCUGCCAGACUGACAUCAUUGAUACAACUAUUUGUUCUUCAAAGCCCUUGCAGCCUGUGUGCAAGGCCCGUGACAGGCCAACAUGCCGUGUUAAACCUUAUAUUGUUCUUAAGCUCAAACGACCUAACGAAUAAACCUUACCUGAGAACUCA